GCAGCCAUCACACUUUGUGUGCCAAGUGGAACCACUGGCUUGGUAGAUUUUGCUACAUUUUUUGAUUUUUAAACUCCAAAGAAAUAUCCCAGAUAACUGUCAUGAAGCUGGUAACUAUCUUCCUGCUGAUGACCAUCAGCCUUUGUAGUUACUCUGCUACUGCCUUCCUCAUCAACAAAGUGCCCCUUCCUGUUGACAAGUUGGCACCUUUACCUCUGGACAACAUUCUUCCCUUUAUGGAUCCAUUAAAGCUUCUUCUUAAAACACUGGGCAUUUCUGUUGAGCACCUUGUGGAGGGGUUAAGGAAGUGUGUGAAUGAGCUGGGACCAGAGGCUUCUGAAGCUGUGAAGAAACUGCUGGAGGCGCUAUCACACUUGGUGUGACGUCAAGAUAAAGAAAGAUCAGAGGUGAAUGUGGACGGAGGAUGAUACUCCCUAUCCUUCCUGGCUGAAACCCAUUCUACCAAUUACAGACCAAAUGCCCUAAAAUGUAGUGACCAUGAAAACAAAUAAAGCAAUGAAUAGA